AGCGGCGCCAAAAUCAAGUUUAUACCUGCAGCAUAAACAAUUUAAUAGCAUUCGGUUUUGAAAUUCGUUGUCACAAACAACAAACAUCCAAAUUGUUCGUGAUUUAAUUUUUCGAAAAAUAGUUUUAAAAAUUUGUUUGUUGGAUAAUGUUGAGUCAGUGGUUUCGCGGUCGUCAUCUUGUGGUCCGCUCUGCGCUGUUCAGCCGGCGACGUGUCUCCUCUGAAUCAACCAGUACGAAAGAUGACGUCAUUGUGGACUUCGAAGAUCCCGAUUUGCCGUUGCCCGAGUAUCCCAAGCGACCCGAUGAGCCGUUAGAGACGCGCAAGCAACGUUUGAUGUAUCAAUCACGCAAACGUGGAAUGCUUGAGAACGAUCUGCUCCUGAGCACAUUUGCGCACAAAUAUCUAAAGGAUUUCAAUGCCGAGCAGACAGCGCUCUACGACGAUCUCAUCAAUGGGGUCAGCAACGAUUGGGACAUCUAUUAUUGGGCAACGGGCGUCAAGCAGACGCCCAAGGAAUACGACACGGAGAUCAUGAAAUUACUGAAGUUACACGUUGAUAAUGCAGAGAGGGUCACACGCUUCCGGCAGCCAGAGCUGACCUACUAUCUGAAAUGUUAGGGGUUUCUUAUUUUUCGUUUUUCGUGAUUUUUUUUUGUCUUUUGUUUUUGUUAUUGUUUUUUGUUCUUGUUAUUUCCUUGUUUGUUUGUUUUUUUUUUUUUUUUCAAGCGGAAAACGUACACAAGGCGACAAUACUUGCGGCCGCCUUGGAUAUCGUUUUCCCAGUGGCUAAUUCUUACUUUUCGGCUUCGCCCAUUAGGUUUAAGUAGUUUUUGGUUGUGUUUUACACUGGACGAAUUGAACAAGAACUAAGCUUGCUGCAGAAUAUGUGGAUAAAGGUAUACAUAUAUAUAUAUAUAUAUAUAUAUAUACACAUACAUAUGUAUAUAUAUAUUACAUAUAAACCGGCAAAUACAUUACACAUACACGUCGACUACACGCAUACACAUACAGUUAGGCCCAUCCAAAUUCGCUCACAUACCUACACUAACUUACACAUAUAUUAUACACCAUGAGGUGCACACGGAUACACACACAUUCAUAUUGCAGGGCUGGUUGAGCUUACCAAGUUAGGAUCUGUUUUCAUAGAAUUAAAUGUUUAUUGUUGUUGAAGAUGCAAAU